AUGAAUGACAACGCAUCAGCAGCCACCACCCGACGGCGCAACGGGACUAUCGCGUCGUGCGAGCCUUGCCGUAAGCGUAAGACGCGCUGUGGCCAUGAACGGCCGGUUUGCAAUAGUUGCCAGCAACGUGGUUUGAGCUCGACAUGUUUCUAUCGUCCGUCGCCGGUCAAGAAGGGGCGGUCGAAUCUACGUGGCACUGCAGCCGAUAGCCAUCCUCUUCUUCCUCAGGCCAGCAAUAACCAUCUUUCCGGCCGUGGUAUUCAUCAAUUCCUUGCCCAGGACAUUGUUGAGACUUCGGCGCAUCGAUUCAGACCGUCCCCCGAGGCCAUUCGCCGCGAGCAGGUUGUAUCUAUUGCCAAAGUCCUCGGCUACUUGCGCGAUUGCGAGUUGCUAUGCAAUCUCGUCACCGCCUACUACUCUGCUAGUCAGGCAUCAGUAAUACCAAGUUCGUUGAUAUCAUCCGCUCUGCCAUCGCUUAUACAAACCAUCAACAAAUUCGGCCUCUUCAACGACACAGCAGAUGACGGUCCCGGGCUCCUACGCCUAAGUGAGGAUGUGCUUUGCUCGACUUCUGCUCAGAUCAAUAUUAACGCCUCCCUAACUCCUUCUGACUUCAUGGGUCUAUAUACGGGAGACACCUUACGGUUAGAGUAUCUUGGUAUCGUCUUUUCGGUCGCCGCGCGCUCAUGCUUGAUCGGUCUAGCAAAGGAAGGGCGGCAGCACGAUGCUUUUAUACAAGACAUGUACUCCUAUAGCACCAUCUGCUUACGGCUUGCUCGGGAAGUAGCUCCGAUCAACGACAUGCUAGUCUGGUUUGGUCAAGAUCAUCUUAUGCUCACGGCGUGCAUUGAAGGCGAUUUGAGUGAGAGUACCUGGCGUCGCCUAGGAGAGCUCUAUUCUGAUAUCUUGGCUCUCGGGAUAUAUCGCGAGUUGUUUAACGUUGCCGACACACCCUUCUUUCUUACUGAGUGUCGCAGAAAAGUAUUUGCCAAGGUAUAUUAUAUAGACAAAUUCGUGUCGACCCUAUUUAAUCGCCCACCACGGCUUUUGAAACGAUAUUCAGACAGCAAGUGGCCGCUGGAUCUGACAGAUGCCGAGGUAUUAGCGGGAACUGUGGAGCUUGCAGAAGCGCGGGCGAAGCUUACCCCGGAUGGUUGGAACACAGAAGGAAAAUUUUGCGCUUCUUCCUGGGCUCGUGUCAGGUGUAUUACUGCCGAAAUGCUGGAGGAGAUAUAUAAAUAUAAUCUUCGCCCGAUGACGGUAGAGAACAUCACCAAGCUAAAGAAUAUCUCGGAGCGGAAUCGGAAGGCCUGGGAGACCAUCCCGUCCCAUCUCCACUACAAUACACAUUGCUGGACAUCAGAGCUUCACCCGCAGGUCUGUUUCAUGCUAACGGUCGUCCAACUGGCGUUUUUGCAGUGUGAUUUUCAAAUAUUUCGAAUCCUCGAGCGAAGCGAUCCCCAGUCAUCCCAGCAACUGCUUAAGAUCUCGCUCGAGAUAAUUUCGUUGAUACAUGAGCUAGGUUCUUUCCGCCGAAAGGCAGUAUACCUACAUUUAAGGUUCUCCUAUAUCAUUUUAUGCUAUGGCCUUUCUCCCGCAAUCGUUUUGGCAAAGGCCGCCCAGAACUUGGCCAGAGGUGUACCCCAUCGUCCGCUUUUGCCGCCGGAACUGGAUCACUCCAAGUUGAUCCGGACCCUUUCCGUAUUCAUCUCCCAUCUGGAAAGUAUCAGUGGUCCUGGGGAGCCAAACCAUGAUAUCUGCGUUCAAGCAUCCAAAACAAUCACCAAGAUGCUAGAUGAGCUGCUCAAUCCCUCAUUAACUUCCCUUGAUUCUGCAAGCACCGGUACCCCUACCACCCAGCUUGCCAAUUUGGAUGAUAUGACUUUAGGCAUUAUGGGCGCUGAUACUAUCAAUGGUAUUGAUUGGGGCGGAGUUUGA